AUGGAUAACAAGAAGUCCUCUUCAAGUGCUUUGAUAGCAUUACCUUCGCCAAUUAAAGAAGAUGAAAUUGAAUGGAAGAUGAGCUUACCAUCUGGGGUGAAGUUUCGGCCCUCACAUAAAGAUUUAUAUCAUUAUCUCCAUAUGAAGGUUCAUACUGGGCGCAUUGAUUUUGGUGGAGUUAUUAGAAGCAUCAAUCUUUAUAUAUAUAAGCCCGAGGACUUAAGAGGUUUAGCAUUUGAUAAUGAUGAUGGCCGCUUGUACUUCUUCACACCAUUGCAAAAGAAGUUCACAAAGGGAAAAAAGACAAACAGAGUAACCGGAAAUGGUUUUUGGAAGGUCACGCAGAAGUCUGUAAAGAUUAUGGACGAUGACAACAAGCCUAUUAUGACCAAAACACCUCUGUGUUACUUUUACUUUUGGGGCAAAAAGGGAAGGAAAACUCAGUGGCUCAUGGACCAGUACAAGCUCAUCAACGAGGGCAGUAAUCCUGUAAUGUUGAAGAAUUGGGUUCUUUGUGUUGUCCACUAUAAGCCAAGAGGGAAUAAUGAUACAAACAAAAGAAGCAGCACUGAUUCAAGGUCCGAGGCAGUGGGAUCUUCUACUCAAAACUCGAUGAUAGGUUCGUCUUCCGAAUCCAAUCCCCAAAUGUCCUUUGGCAACAAUAACUUCAAUGUGGCUUCAUCUUCUAACCCACAAGGUACUAGUUCAUACCCAGAACCGGUGGCAUUCCAGACUCCUAGUAACCCAAAUAAGAGACAGCAGUGUUCUACUUCUUAUGAUGAGCCUUUGUGUAUCACCUGCCCUGGUAAUGACAUUGCCUCUUAUGCCCAAUUUCAUAAACGUAGAUCACCUAGUGCUAAUGACACCCCCAACAUUGAUCAAAACCAAGCUAGUGACCCUUCUUUUGAUCAAAUAGUUUCUAACGUACUCAACCAGGAUCCUGAUGAAUACACGUGUCUAGAGCCAUUACUCAACCUAGAUAUAGGCGAUUACGAGUGGAAAGACGAUAUUUUUAAUGAUCUUUUUCCAUCUGAACUUAAUCCUCAAAAUAGUAACCCUAAUAGCAUGAACCCUACAACAACUACUACUAGUCAUCCUACUGUCUCCGCCUCAGAUCCACCUCCUCCCACCUUCAACUCUUCUGCCGAUGAAAAUGCCAGGAUAGCAUCUAUGGCAAAAGUGGGUCAAUCCAAUGCCACAACAAGCUUAUCGAUCGAUCAAUAA